UGGAUUGCUCAUCUCUGAUCUGCUAUCAUUCAUCGGAUCCUCCCUCGUGAAGUCCAGUGGCUUAAAAAUGAAGUCGCUCCUUUUAUCCAUAUGCUGUAUUUUGGUUCUGUCAUCAUGUUUGGCGGAACCAAUCGCAAUGUACGAUGCUGAUGAGGUUCCUCUCGUCCACGGAAGAGGAAAUUCUCGAGAAAGGCGAGAUGCCGGAGAUACGGAGCGAGACUGUUCUUCGACACCACCGUAUCAUCCAGAUACUGCUGUCAACACGACAGAACAAUUGGCCAAGAUCAGAGAAUACAUGGUUACCUAUAACUAUGAUGCCUACAUAGUACCAAGUGAAGAUGCCCAUGGCAGCGAGUACAUCGCUGCUCCUGAUGAAAGGCGUCCAUACAUAAGCGGCUUCUCGGGAUCUGCCGGCCUGGCUGUGAUUACGACCGACCAUGCUGCCGUUUGGACUGAUGGGCGUUAUUUCAUUCAGGGAGAAAGGGAAUUGUGGUGCGAUUGGAUUCUUAUGAAGAGCGGUCAGCCAGGAGUCCCCAGCACAGCCGAAUGGCUGGCAAGCACCAGCACAGAUCCUACCAUGGGAGCUAACUUGCCGGAAGGAGCCAUGAUUGGCUACGACCCCAGACUUAUGUCAAUAAGCACAGUCCAGAGCUACUUGAGUACACUUGAAAGUUCUGGUCGUAACCUGACAAUGGUUGGCAACGUAGAGCAGAACCUUGUGGACCUAACAUGGAACGACCUCGAUGAACAGCCUGGAUAUCCUGACAAGCCUUUGAUAUUCCUCGGCAUACAGUAUACUGGUGAAUCGUGGGAGGAUAAAAUAACUGAGGUUAGAAAACAGAUGGAGGCUGCUGAAGCAACCAAACUCAUCCUCCCAAAACUUGAUGAAGUCGCUUGGUUAUUCAACAUGCGUGGAGAAGAUAUUCCUUACAAUCCAAUGUUCAUCGCAUAUGCUGUUGUUGGAUUGGAAGACGUUACGCUAUACGCUUAUGACAAAGUUGGAAGGAUUGAUGCAUCAGCCGACAUAAAGACACACUUAAAAAUCGACACGUGUGAAAGCGUUUGCAUUACAGUGAAGGACUACGAUCAAUUUGCAACAGAGCUGCCGUCAUUAAACGAUGAUGCCAAUGCAAAGAUCUGGUUUAGCGAUGUUUCAAAUUAUUUCAUUUACACAUCAAUUUCACAGGACAAGGCUUAUAUUGAAGCAUCGCCAGUCCUUCUCACCAAAGCACAGAAGAACCCUACAGAAGUGGAAGGAAUGAAAGAGGCUCAUCGUCUGGAUUCCAUCUCACUAUGUGAGCUUGGCGGGUGGUUGCAGGAGACCAUGGACAGCUUAGAGGAUCCGGCAGUCGGAGAUAAGAGCAUUCUUAGUGAGCUCGUUGUCGAGGACAUGGCAAAAGAGUUUAGAAGUGUUCAUGAAAGCAACAAAGGUCUGAGUUUUGGGACGAUCUCAUCCUUUGGACCUAAUGGAGCCGUAAUUCAUUACUCAUCGUCUAAUGAGACUGAUGUACCAAUCACCAACCAAGGAAUCUUUCUCCUUGACUCUGGUGGACAAUACCUAGAGGGAACCUGUGACAUUACUCGUUCUUUCCACUUUGGAGAACCAACAGGCUUUAUGAAGGAAGCUUAUACUAGGGUUCUGAUGGGGCAUAUUGAUCUCGUCUCGGCUACCUUCAGGACAGGAGUGUAUGGUCGUGAGAUUGAUGCCCAUGCUCGCCAGCCCCUUUGGGAGGGAGGCUUGGACUACCGACACGGUACAGGACAUGGUAUCGGUCACUUCCUGAACGUUCACGAGGGUCCAGGUCGUAUCAAUCUUGGUUACAGUCCUGCUCACGAACCAAUUCAUCUAAACAUGUUUUUCUCAGACGAACCCGGCUAUUACGAGGAUGGAGAAUUUGGAAUUCGAAUUGAAAAUGUCAUGUUUGCCAAAGAGGCGACGACACAGCAUAAAUUCAACAACUACACCUACAUGACAUUUGAAAUGAUCUCACUGGUACCAUUCGAACCUACACUCAUCGACUUUAGUCUCAUGACCAUGAAACAGAUCGAAUGGUACAAUGCCUACAACGACAGAAUCAAUAAUGAAAUCAAGCCCUCUCUCACAGCAAGGGGCAAGGAGUGGGUGGAAAUGAAGACAAAGUACGUUGACCCAUCUACCGGAGCAGCCGCCCCACUAGUUACGUCAUUCAUCUGCAUCAUUAUGACGUCAUUAAUCGCGAUGUUUCUACAAUAGUUUUUUAAUUACAAAAUGUGUUUUUCUAAAUGGGGGGGGGGGGGAUAAAACCACAAUUUUCACGAUUAUUGUAUAGAAAGAGUUUAAUAGUUUAAAUGUCACUUUCUAUCUAUUUAUCAUGGGAAUUCUUGCGUUCAGUGCCAUAAAUCCAAAACCUAGUUUGCUCGAUCUUAAUGACAUUGAUUAAUUUUGACUGCAAUUAUUAUGAAAACACCAACACACGAGUGAAAAAUCUGCUACCUAAAUGUGUUUUCAUCAAAAUUGAUGAAAAAUAAUAAAUUCAGUGCUCUGUGAAAAACACCUAAAAAGCUCAAUUCUAGGGACAACUAAUGUAGCUUGUCAUACAUAUUACUAAUACAGUGACGUAUCUAAGGAGGGACAUGGAGUGCAUUCCCCGAAACACCACUUCUAGUGGCCCAAAAGCUAGGGCAGAAUAUGAAGGAAAUGGGUAUAAAAAACAAGACAAAACAAAAUAACCAUAGACAUAGAACUGGUGCUCAUUUUGGCACGUUUAUGUUGGAUUGUUUUUCAUGUUCAAAUGAUUUUUUCGCUAUUGCUUAUUUUUUAUUUUUAUUUUAUUAUUUUUUUUUUUUUGGGGGGGGUCAUUACGAGGAUACGCCACUGCAUAAACAAUCAUAUUGAUUGCUAUUUGAUUUAAAAUGAUUUCCAGUACUUCCUAUUUGUAACAAGUUUUAUCGUGCAUUUGAUGAUAGAAAUUACUCAUUUUAUAUAUACACUGUUUUUUAUAAAUAGUUAUGUAUGUGUACACUUGGUUUCAACUAUAUAGGCCUAUAUGUUAAACUCUCAUUAUGUUACGUUACGUUAUGUUACGGUGCAUGUAGUACACAAUCUAUCGCAUAGGAGAGAGUUAUUGGUGUUGGAGUAGUGGUGUCAUAAUCAUUAUCGUGUCACUUUGUAUAGAAAACAACUGUUUUAUACAAUCAUGACACCGCAAUUAAGAAAACGGGGAGAACGUAAGAUAAAAAUGAUAUGCCUCUAUACAUUGUAGACUAUGCACCGUUAAAGUUCAUAGCAAGCAUAAUUAUUAUCAUGUCAAGAAUGAUACAGCAUGAUAUGAUGCAAUAUGCAAAUGAUUAUUAUGCAGAACUGCAUGUUUUAUAAUUUGUGUUGUAAUUUUAUAAAAUAUAAUAUGCAGACAUACACAAGAUCGUGUAACUUUGAUUUGAAAAUGAAUGUUUGAUUUGACAAUACAAUUAGUCCUAUAGAUCUGAAAUUAAAACAUUGACUUGAAUAAGAUGA